GAAAAGGAGACGACAGUUGAAAACUCAGGAGGGUGGGUGGCGGGUGCUGUAAUUUCGGUCAGCAUCGAGGUCAAAUUGAGCGUCGGUGGAGGAAGGGACGCACGGAAUCGCGGGUUAAAUUCUCUGCAGCAUCUCUGGAGAGAGGAGAGAGGAGAGAGAGAGAGAGAGAGAGAGAGAUGGAGGGUGCAUAAAGUCGUUGAAGAGAAGGCGAAAAUUUUUCUUUGGAGGAGAACACUUUGUACCCAGAGAGAGGGAGAGGGAGAGGGAGAGAGAUUCGUUGGUGGGUUCUUGGGGGUUGAACAGGAACAGAAAGGAGCGAGCGAGGGGCCUCCCGGGGUCAUGGGAGGGUCGAACGAAUCCGUCUCCGUCGAUGCAGAGAAGAUCCAUCUCGGUGGAAAGGAACAUCUUAUUCGAACUGUUUCCGGUUCAGUCAAUGUUAUAGUAUAUGGAGAUCCAGAUAAGCCAGCAUUAAUCACCUAUCCAGAUUUAGCUCUUAAUUAUAUGUCCUGUUUCCAAGGAUUGUUCUUUUGUCCUGAAGCAGCUUCUUUGCUUCUCCACAACUUUUGUAUCUAUCACAUAAGCCCUCCUGGACAUGAGUUGGGAGCCGCUACAAUUUGUCCAGAUGAUCCUGUACCUUCUCUCGAUGGUUUAGCUGAUCAGAUUAUCGAGAUCCUAAAUUAUUUUAGGCUCGGUGCAGUUAUGUGCAUGGGGGUCACUGCUGGUGCUUACAUCCUCACCUUAUUUGCCAUGAAAUAUAGGGAGCGUGUUCUUGGGCUAAUAUUAGUAUCACCUUUAUGCAGAGCUCCUUCUUGGAGUGAAUGGUUCUACAAUAAGGUUAUGACAAACAUGCUAUAUUAUUACGGCAUGUGUGGAUUGGUGACGGAGUACUUGCUCCAGCGGUAUUUCAGCAAGGAAGUUCGAGGUAGCAGUGAAGUUCCAGAAUCAGACAUAGUUAGAGCUUGUAGAAAAUUGCUUGAUGAAAGGCAAAGUGCAAAUGUUACGAGGUUUCUGGAGGCAAUUAACAGAAGACGUGAUAUUACUGGUGGAUUGAAGAGACUGAAAUGCCGAACACUGAUAUUUGUGGGCGAGCAUUCUACUUUUCACUCGGAGGCUAUCCAUUUGAUGUCAAAGCUGGAUAGGAGAUACAGUGCCCUAGUGGAGGUCCAGGCUUGUGGAUCGAUGGUGACAGAAGAGCAGCCACAUGCAAUGCUGAUCCCCAUGGAGUACUUCCUCAUGGGGUACGGAUUGUACAGGCCGUGCCACUUCAAUGACAGCCCGAGGAGCCCUCUAAGCCCGUCUUGCAUCUCUCCCGAGCUCCUCUCUCCCGAGAGCAUGGGCUUGAAGCUCAAACCGAUAAAGACUCGGGUCGCUCUAGAGGACUCGGAUUGAAUCGACUGGGGUAGGAUCAGAUCAAAGUUAGAGUUUCUUUUCUUCUUUUUUCUUUCAAUCAUCACUCGCUCGGUAUUUGUUUCUUUGAUUUUUGAUUGAUUCGGGGUGGGGAGGAAGGGUACAAAGUUCAGUUGGGAAGGGAGAGGGCAAUGUAGAUAGUGGUGGAGGAGGUUUAGGGCAAAACACACAAUUCAUUCAUUUGUAGAGUCAAUCAUAAGGAACAUGAGCAUUGAGCUGUCUAAAUUAUUCAGAACUUUCAUAUUCAUUUACGACAACAAGCAAUAAAUUAUAGAAUGGAUCUCUCUCUC